GACGAUUGUGAUGCUGCUUUUUGUCCGCCAUAUUGGAGCUGGCGUAAAAUCCGUAGUUCUGUUUAAUUGAGGUAUUUUCAAUGGUUUGAGGCAUAGGAUCGCGCAGUAUUAGCGAGAAAGCUCACCAUCAAACAUGGCCGUCCAAUACGCGCCAACAAAACUAAGAGUACCUCCUGGUUUUCAGAACCUUUUAGAGGGUUUAGCGCGCGAAGUUUUGCGGGAGCAACCGGAUGAUAUCGUUCAGUUUGCAGCGCAAUAUUUCAAGAACCAACUCUCUAUCAGAGAAGAAACCGGAAAAGAUGAUGCCAAGAGAGGUGAGAAUCUGGAAAAAUUGAUGAAAGGUGAAGAAGUAGACAUUGAUAUUGAUGAUCCCGAAGUUCAAAAAGCUGCUACUAAAAUCCAGGCCAGCUUCCGUGGGCAUAAAACAAGAGAACAAAUAAAACAAGACAAACAACAAAAAGAUGAAGAGGAAGCUGCCGCUCUCAAGAUCCAAUCUAGCUUCCGUGGACAUAAAGCCAGAGAGGAAGUCAAGGAGCUCAUGAAGUCCAAAAGCAGAGAGUCAACCAGAGAGGAGGUCCCAAUGAAUGAACAGGAAACUGCAAAUACAAAUGCAGAAGAGGUAGAUAUUGACCUCAAUGAUCCUGAUGUACAAGGGGCUGCUUUGAAAAUUCAAGCUUCAUUCCGAGGCCACAAGGCCAGGGAAGAGGUGAAGAAGAUCAAAUCUUCUAAAUCAAUGACACCAGAGGAUAAGGCUGACUCCGGACCCCCUGCAGAAGCUGAGCCAGAGGCUGAAGCUCCUGCUGCCGGGCCUACUGCAGCUGCUGAUGAAGAGGUAGACAUCGACUUGGAUGAUCCAGAGGUUCAAAACGCAGCCCUGAAAAUCCAAGCGAGCUUCCGCAGCCACAAGUCAAGAGAAAGUGUAAAAUCCCUAACACAGAAUGAGGCGAAAGGUGACUCUGCCCCUGAUGAUGCCACUGAUGCUGAACCUGUUGCUGCACCUACAACCUCUGCAGAGGAGAAUGCUGAGGAGGUUGACAUUGACCUGGAUGACCCCGAAGUAAAUAAAGCUGCCACAAAGAUCCAAGCCACCUUCCGCGGACACAAAACUAGGAAGGAGAUGAAGGAUGGUGCAAUGCCUACCAGUUCAACGUCACUCCCGGCAGAUGAGGGUGAGGAGGCUGCUGAAGGUGCUGAGGACAGCAGUGAGGCAGCAGCUGCUGAGGGAGAGGCAGUGGCUGCAGAUGCCCCUGAUGCACCAGCCGAUACUACUGACACACCGGCAGAGGAUGCUGACACACCGGCAGAGGAUGCUGACACACCGGCAGAGGAUGCUGACACAGCCACGGAUGCUGCUGAGGCACCAGUGGAAGCAUCUGAUCCCCCAGCAGAUGAUGAAAGCAAGCCUGACCAGACCAAAGAAGAAUCCUAAACGAUAUAGCUCCAGACCUAUAUUUUUAUCUUCUUAAGUGAUGAACUUGGAAAGGAACUUUGUAUUUUAUAUCAUAUAGAAGUGUGCAUGGGAUGAUAAAUACCGCAGACUAAAGUUCAUUGGCUUUGCCUGGUGUCUAAGUGUUUUUAAAGAUCAGAUUAUAAUUUGUGUGGUAUUUCUGUAUAUAGCCUUGUUGGUCUCCGGUCGGCGCUGUAGAUUGUGAUGCAAAUGGCUCGCAUGCAUAUAGACAGUAAGCUAUGUUAACCCGUAUAUCGUUGUUCGCAAAAUAAAUAAUUAUAAACUUU